CCCCAGGGGACAAAUGCACGGCGGAGUGUGGGGCUCGGCUACUGCAAGGAUGGGGGCCCUGACAGUGGGGAGCUGGAAAAGUGCAGUGCUACAAUGUGUGUGUGUGUGUGGGGGGGGGCUGCUUCUGUCUCUCUAGGCACCUAGAGAGCCCCCCCCCCCUCAAUCCAGGUACGCCAUAGGCCUGUGCACGGGGCCCCAACUCAUGGUGACAUCAGACACUCAGCUUUCAUUGAACAAGUGUAGUAGGCAGAGACAUGAGCCCUUGUAUCAGCGGCCGGGUAGGAGGCAGAACCUGCUCACAGACGCUGGAAGAACAGGGCUGAUAUUGCAGAAAUACACAUUCCUAAGACGUGCUAGGCACAGAGCGCUCAGGCCAGAACAUCCGGAUAGCGUGGCUGGUGCAGACACAGUCCCCAAGGGUAACAGGAACGCACUGACCCCUCCUAAAAGAGCAGGUCAGGAUGACAGAACGUAAGGGAGAUGUUUUAAUCGAACCACCCUGUACACUGGCGACCUCGGGGCAGUAACUAACUAUGUAAGGGGGCAGAACUAACGUGUUUAUAUCGGGGUCUAAAGAGGUAUCUCAGAGGGGGUGUCUUUGUCCAGCUGAGGGGGGAAUGGAAAGUCCCACCACGGAUUGAGCUGGUCCAUUGUCACGGGCGUACGCAUAGUCUCCUCUUAGAGUCUGCCAGGUGCGAUUGCCGUGCGCCGUCACGAAUAAACCUGGCCGGGCACCUUCGCUGGAAACCAAGUCUGUGGAUUUAUUGGGCAGUUUAAUUGAGGUCUGCUGUCUCCGUGACCUGCGCAGAGCAGGGCCAGCGCGCUGAAUGAACACACACAGCCAACGUCUGACCACACUGGUGACCCCGACCGCUGAUCUGGUGGUGGUGGAGCGUUACCGGAAGGAGAAGCAGCUGCCUCUGUUGGACAGGACCAAGUUUCUAGUUUCCCAGGACUCGUCCAUGUCUCAGUUUGUGAUCACCCUGCGAACUCGCAUGUCUCUGACAGCAACGCAGGCCUUCUACCUGCUAGUAAACAAGGGCCUGCCCAGCAUGAGCAUGACCGUGGGGGAGGUGUACAGCGACCACAAGGAUGAGGAUGGCUUUCUCUACGUAACCUACGCUUCCCAGGAGAUGUUCGGCUGCUGCUGCUUGCAUGGCCCUGCGGUGACUCAGUCAUGAACCUGCCUGUUGCCAGCUGGUCUCUGUCUGUCUUUGGUUAAUCUUGUGAUGCGAACAACUGCAGGGGCUGAAAACCUCUUUCUUAACCUGAAUUUUUAAUUAAACUGCUGUGUGGGGAUAGAGGAGGAAAGCAUGAAAGUCCAAGAGCUACUAGCAGGAUCACUCUCCUGCAAUAGCACUGGGGACUUGAGUCUCUCCGAACAGAUGCCUGUUAGAAGAAGAACUUGUGACUAAAGCUAUGAAGUGUUUUUAAUGCCAGAACCACAUCCUAUUGAGUCUCACUCUGAUCCGCUGCAAGGUUAUUCUCUUAACAGGCCUAUUCCUCUCCCUUUUUAAAGGAUUUCACGGCUGGACGUUGUUCUGGUUAGCGGCACCGGGAACUUAAGUUUAGUUUUAGCAAGUCUGCUCCUGUAACGGGGAUUGGUGUACUAGGGUUCCACGGCUGGGAUUUUUAAGCUUCACAUCUAUUAUCUGUAACAUCUCCUGUUGGUUUUAAGUUUGAGUCCUUGGAAUAAAGCAAUCGA